GUCAAAACCGACCAAUGCGUUAAUAAAUACUCACAACUGCCUCGCCUCUUCCAGAACAUAGCCCAUUUAGCUUUCAAUUUGCGUAUAUUCUACUCUCUCACUCUCCUCUGCUUAUCACAAUGGCUCUUGAGAUUGCUGUCAAGGCUGCCGUUGGUGCCCCUGAUGUUCUUGGCGACUGCCCUUUCUGCCAAAGGGUUCUUCUAACGUUGGAGGAGAAGAAAGUACCUUACAAGUUUCACCUCAUCAGUUUCAGCGACAAACCCAAAUGGUUUACCGAAGUGAAUCCAGAGGGAAAGGUGCCUGUGGUGAAGUUCGAUGACAAAUGGGUGGCUGAUUCUGAUGUGAUUGUUGGGAUUAUUGAGGAAAAAUACCCUGAACCUUCUCUCAAAACUCCUCCUGAAUUUGCUUCUGUGGGAUCAAAGAUAUUUGGUUCAUUCGUGACAUUUGUGAAGAGUAAGGAUCCCAGUGAUGGGUCAGAACAGGCUUUGGUUAAUGAGCUGAAGGCAUUGGAUGAGCAUCUUAAGGCGCAUGGUCCAUAUAUUGCUGGGGAGAAGAUCACUGCCGCAGAUCUAAGCUUGGCACCAAAACUGUUCCAUCUCAAGGUGGCCCUUGGCCAUUUCAAGAAGUGGACUGUUCCUGAAGACUUGACCAGUUACUAUAAGUACACUGAGCUGCUUUUCUCAAAGGAAUCUUUUGUGAAGACCAAAACUGAAGAGAAAUAUGUGAUUGCCGGCUGGGAGUCGAAGGUCAAUCCAUGAAAUAGUUAUAGAUUAUGAGGUCAUGUCAAGUUUAGCUAUGUAAUGGGUGAGACGCAUGCAUGUCAGAUGUGGAUUCUUAAGUUGACUUGGGUUAUUCCAAUGUGAAAUAAAAUAAAUGUAUUAAUCUAAAUCUAUUAUUAGCUUUGGUAUCUGUUAUUACUUGGUUA